CUCCCUGUUAAGAAGUCUUGGUGAAGCCGGGGAGAUAGAGCCAGAGACAGAGGGAAUGCUGAUACAAUAUGGAGUGGACUACAGUGAAUUCUCAGAGCAGGCUUUGUCCUGUUUGCCACAAACUCUGCCCUGGUCAAUACCACAGUGUGAACUGGAGGCCAGGAGAGCCAUGGACUUCAGGGAGGAGUGUGUCUUCACCAUAGAUCCUGCCACGGCCAGAGAUCUGGAUGAUGCUCUGCAUUGUAAACCACUGGGAGAUGGUCUGUAUGAAGUAGGUGUGCACAUAGCAGAUGUCAGCUACUUUGUCCUGGAGGGGACGGAACUGGACGUAGUGGCCAGUCAGAGGGCCACCAGUGUCUACCUGGUACAGAAGGUAAUUCCCAUGUUGCCCAGGUUGCUCUGUGAGCAGCUGUGUAGUCUGAACCCAGAUGAGGACAGGCUGACCUUUUCAGUGGUCUGGAAGAUAACAGAGGAGGGGGAGAUUCUAGAUGAAAAGUUUGGAAGGUCAAUCAUCAGGUCCUGUGUAAAGCUUAGCUAUGAACAUGCUCAGGGUUUUAUAGAGGAACCAGACAGGAAGUGGACCUUGGAGGAGUUUCCACCAAUCAGUGAGGGUUUUACAAUAGACCAGAUCAAACAGAAAGUCCUGGAUUUACAGAAAAUGGCUGUAAAUCUGAGGCGAAGGCGGUUUGACAAUGGUGCCCUCCGUCUUGACCAGGUCAAGCUACAGUAUGUCCUGGAUAAAGAGACGGGACUGCCCUGUGGCUACUCUGUUUAUCAGCAAAAAGACAGCAACAGACUGAUAGAGGAGUUUAUGUUGCUGGCCAACAUGGCUGUAGCGCACAAGAUAUACGGCAGCUAUCCCGAGAAGUCUCUGCUUCGACGCCAUCCGCCACCACAGACAAAGAUGGUGAACGAUCUGGUGGAGCUCUGCAGUAACAUGGGCAUCCCCAUAGAUGCCAGUAGUUCGGGGGCCCUGCAGGAGUCCCUGGCAGCGUACUGUGAUGAUGAUAUCUGGUCCAAGGCCAAAGCACAGAUACUCACUGUCCUCUGCUCUAAACCAAUGCAGACUGCCCGUUAUUUCUGCACUGGCUGUAUUGAUGAUGAGGACGCAUUCAGACACUAUGCCCUCAGUGUUCCUCUCUACACUCACUUCACCUCCCCAAUCAGGAGAUAUGCUGAUGUCAUUGUGCACAGAUUGCUGGGUGCCUGUCUGGGUUACUGUGACCCUCCCAGGAAGUCCAAGGAGUCCAUACAGAGACAGGCAGAGCACUGCAAUGACAGGAAGAAUGCUUCCAAACAGGUCCAGGAGCUCAGCAGUGACAUGUUCUUUGCCAUAUUUGUCAAGGAGUGUGGUCCACUUGAGGAACAAGGGAUGGUGAUGGGGGUCCUGGACAAGGGUUUUGAUGUUUUGGUGCUAAAGCUGGGAGUGGUAAAGAGAGUGUACUGUGAUAAACUUCCCCUGAGCAGUUUCUCCUACCAGAAGGUCCGUAAAUGUCCUGAGCUGACCCUGGUGUGGGCCCCAGAUGAUGACCAUCCCAGGGAGGUCACUCAGAAAGUGACCAUCUUCACUCAUGUCCAGUGUAUUCUUAAGGCUGAUGACCAGCCUCUGAAGUGGAGUGCCACAGUACAUAGACCAGUGGAGACCUUAUAGAAGAUCCACAGCUACCAUUAAGAUUACAUGUUCUUUUAUUUCGAUGUACAAGAGAGUUAUGGAAAAUGGCAAUUCCCUAAACAGUUGAAAGAUAAUUUGGAAAAUUUUACCAAAUCUGGGAAUAUAAGACAUUUAUUGUAUAUUUUUGUGAGAGUUGAUGUAUCUUAUUGACUGUGGAGAGAAGUUGGUAUCUUCUGGUUCAUCAAUAUUUCCAUUCUCAGUUUUUGAAUUUUAUCAGUGAAUGUUUCUGACACCUAAAGAGAUAUUAAUUUUAAUUGUAAUGUUUUUUAAUGAAAGUUUGAAUUAUUUAAAAGAAUUUUACAUUUUAGUGCUUUACCUGCGGAAAUUUUUCUGUAAAAUUAUUACGAAAUCAAAUGCCUCUCAUUGUAAUUAUUUUGUUGCUUCACAGCCAAUGCUGUAAUUCUUCUCUAUAUGAAUUUUUUUUUAUUAGAUAAGUGGAAAAAUUGAACAACUUGUUAUUGAAAGCAGAGAGCCUAGCUAUCUUGUUUCAAUUGGUCGUCCAUUGGAAUGGAGAGCAGCCAUAUGGUAGGUUUAUAAAAGGCAGCCAUUUUUAUCGGAAUGAAUGGUUGUUCGUCAGUUAUAAUCACUUUAAAAAAUUGAGCAUGUUUUUUUUUAUUGCAAAAAGUAAAAAUGUGAGUUUUUAAAGUUUGAAAGAAAAAAGGUGCACUGUGGCAAAGUUUUCAGCAUAGUUUGCAGCAGCUCUACUGGAUUUAUAAUUUACCUACAUGUUUUGUUUUGUUACUGUAACAUUUCUGUGGGAAGAUGCAUUUUAUGUACAAUUAUAAGCCCCACUAGUUUAACUAAACUAUCUGUAUAUUUUUAACAUUUAAUGAAAAGUAUUGAAAUAUUCUGAUAGUUAAUGUGAAGAGGUGGAACAAUUUGCACAGCCGAAAACAAAAAUUUUAAGACUUGAGGGAACAAUACUGAUAAUCUGUGUGUGGAUUGAAGAUUUUUGUCAACUUUCCUAUGUUGAUAACUAUCAAACUGAUGAAUAUUUAUUGAUGUGAAUUAUUGCAUUAAUAUUGUUGUCGACUUGUAAACUGUCUUUCUGAGUGGUGUUCUCAUAGAAGGGGUUACGUAAGGAAAACAAUUGAGGCAGAUUUCAAGUAAAAGUUAAACAGAAAUAAAAAAGAAUUUUUCAUAAUUUAUUUCUCCAAGCUUGUGCUGGUUUUACAAACCAGAUACUAAGAUGAAUGUUGCAGGUUUGACAUGAAUUUUUAAGUUUUUAUAAACGGGCUAGAAUAAUUUGAAAACAAUAAUUGAUAAACUGCGUGAAAUAAUGCAUCAUACAAUGUAUAUAAAAAUAAUUUUUGACCAAAAUUGCUCAUACCACAAUGUAACAGCUGUUCUACUCCAACAUUCGAAAUGAAAGACCCUCAAAAUAACAUCUCUUAAACUUUUAUAAAUCUGCAUUUUUUCCAAUCACCUAAAAUAUUCACAAUCCCAAUAUUGUAAAUGAGAACAUCUGUCUGAAGAAAAUGAUAGAGGUUCAACAAGACACUGACAUAUAGUUGUGAAAUUGAGAUUAACCUUGAGGUUAAUUAAACAAAAAAUGAUGUUGGAUCUCGAAGAAGGUCCAACGCUUU